UGAAAGUUAAACGUUCAACAUUUGAUAUAUGUGCAAAGUUUAUAUCUUUUUGAUAACCUGGAUAAUCUGUUCGAGUAAAAUAAAGUAUUACGCUGAAGGUUAUACAGAAUAUGAUCUGUGGGCUCUACAGAAUGCUAGCACUGAUAAAAUCCAAAUUGCUGGUAAAGGUCUUAAUUCUACUGGUCUUCUUUCAUUUUCACCUCCACCAUUUGUUGCCAACUGCACAGUGAAGUUGAUGAGACCUGAAGGACAUCAUAUUGUUUUAAGCAUCGAAAGACUAACUGUGCACAGUACAUGUCAAAAUUACUUGAAAUUCAUCAGCCAAUCGAAGGAAAAGACUUUCUGUAAAGCAGUUGAUAAGACUGAUUUUGAAUUCAAUACACUUAUAUUCUACAACGAAAUGGUAACUGUCAGUUUCGUACUGAGUGUAGCCCAACUUCUGCCACCAUAUUUGAAGAUUGUGUUCACUGUUGUUCAUAAUGAACCUUGCGGAAACGAUGCAUUCAAAUGCACCAACAGGUUCUGUGUUUGGAAAGAUCUGAAAUGUGACAGUUACAAUAAUUGUGGUGAUUUUUCUGAUGAAAUUCGUCCAAAUAGUUCAAUCGCCUGCUACAUCACAGAGAAAAAUCAAACUACGGGCGGAGACACAUCUAUAUCAAAUUUCAAAUCCAGAAUUAUUUUAUAUACUUCCAUAGCAUUAUUUGUAACAUUUAUGUUCUUAGUUAUUGUGUAUAUAAUGAAAAAAUGGUAAUUACUGUAAAAGUAACUAGUAGGAAUUUACACGUAUUUGCUUUAAUUACUUCAGUGAGAUACUGAACAACAAAAGUUAUUCAUCUUUAAAAUUAGGUUAAUUGACUUACGAACUCACAAAUUUGUGUAGUGAUAAACAUUAGCCUUAAUGCUAAAGAUUUAUAAGUAAAGCAACGUAUGUAUAUGUAGUAAAAUUGAGUGUUAAUUUAUCUAAAAAGAAAGGAAGAAAACAUUUCAUUUUGGUUAAAAACUUUAUUAGUUCAAUUUGUUUCAUAAAAUAAUUUUCAAAAUUUUAAAUGUUUAUAAAAUGAAUUCAAGACGAAAAGUCAUUUGCUUCUGCGUAAACAUAAUUUUAAACAUUCGACAAGAAACUUUAGAAAAGUAAUUUUUUCUUAAACGGAAAAUAUUCUAGAAUGAAGGCAGAUUUUCUGUCGAGUCAAAGAUCAUAUUCCAAAAUAAUAAUAAUAAUAAUAAU